AUUUCUUAAGAAUCAACGACGAGUGAAAGUACAGCCACAUAUCUCAGCCCAUGCUGGCCGUUAAUAACUGGGUGCAUUGCAAUUUAUUUAAAUAGAACCUUGAUAGCGUCCCACCGACUCAGUUACCAAUCAUACCCCUAGCAAAAUGGUGCAAACUGUGAUCGUUCUACUGCUACUCCCGGUUAUUGUGUAUCUGGUGCAACGAUGGAGGCUACGCCGUUUCAAUCAGAUAUCUUCCGAGCUGCCGGGACCCGUUAACUAUCCGCUCAUCGGAUGCAGUCAUCUGCUUAUUGGAAAGUCCAAAGCGCAGCUGUUCGCCUUUCUAAACAGUAUCACCAAAACGUAUUCGUCGCCGUGUCGAGGGUGGCUCGGUCCUGAACUGUUUGUUUUCAUCGACAAUCCAGAGGACUUGCAAGUGGUGUUGAACUCAUCAAAUUGCUUGGAGAAGGCUGACGUUUAUCGAUUUAUAAGAAGCCUAAGAGGACUGCUUACCUCGCCAGUUAGUGUUUGGAAGGAUCACCGGAAAUUACUGGCGCCGUGUUUCAGUCCGUCGAUUUUGUCCAGUUUUAUGCCAAUUUUUAACGAAAAGUGUAGAGUAUUGGUGGAAUGCGUUGGGAGGAAUACAGAACUAGCAGAAUACGAUCCGUACGCAGACGUGUCGAAAUGUACCUUGGAUAUGAUUUGUGGGACGUUUUUUGGAACAAAAAUGAUUUUUCAAAACAGCGAUGGAACAGAGUUCAUAAAUAUUGUCCAAAAUGGUUGUGAGCUGAUCAAUCAUCGUAUUUACAGCGUUUGGUUGCACCCGGAAUGGAUUUAUCAAAAAACCAAAUAUUACCAAGAAGAGAAGAAAUACUUUGACAAAUUCUACAAAAUAUUGAACAAAAUUUUGUCGGAACGACAAACAUUGCGAAAAGAUUUGAAAACUUCUGAAAUCAACGAAAAUGCAAGCCUGAAUAAGCCACUGAUUUUCAUCGAUCAAGUUCAAAAACUAUCCGAAGAAGCUCAAGUAUUCGACGACACUGAUGUCCUUCAUGAACUUAGUACCAUAAUCAUAGGAGGAAACGAGACCUCGGCGUUGACCCUAACCCACGUGAUACUAUUGCUUGCUAUGCACCAGGAUAUACAGGAAAAAGUGUACGAUGAAAUUGUGAACGUUUUGGGGAGCACUGACCCAUCGAUUACGGUUGACAACGAGCACCUUUCUAAGCUGAGCUACAUGGAAAUGGUGAUAAAAGAAUCUAUGAGAUUGCUUCCUAUCGCAGCAGUUUUCGGUCGAAAAUGCACUGCACCGACCCGCAUAUCAAAAACCACCAUUCCGGAGGGUGCCAACCUUAUUCUGGGAGCUUUCAACCUACACCGAAACCCCAAAUACUGGGGCCCCCACGCAGACCAAUUUGAUCCCAAUCAUUUUCUUCCCGACCGAGUUGCGGAGCGGCAUCCAUACUCGUUUUUGCCAUUCAGUGGCGGACCUCGUAACUGCAUCGGCUACAAGUACGCUAUGAUGUCGAUGAAGAUAAUGCUAUGUUAUUUGUUGCGCGCGUAUCGGUUUCGAUCACCGUUGAGAUUAAAUCAGCUGCAGCUGUCAAUGAGCCUCACUUUAAAAAUUACGAACAGGAACAUGAUGACGGUGGAGAGAAGGAGCAUGUAGUUGUUGUGUAAUGCUGGAGUAUUACCCACAACCGGUUUUGCGUACCAUUGUUGCGGGCGAUAAUGGGUCAACUAGGUGGACAUAGGUCAAAGCUUAACCUGGAGGUUGUUCUGUAGUAAAUAUGCCGAUACAGUAUUAGCAUUAGCAUUAAGCGAGUCGCACAAAUUCCUAGGUGGCACAGUCCUAGAUCGCUAAAUGGUUGCCUUCUUACCGUCCGAACCAAAGCACAAAGAUUUGGGACUAAUCUCUGACUCUCAGACAAGACUGACGCAAUCCUUCAAUGGUGGAGAAUUGUCCUGGCCACGUCCUUGCGACUACUGAGCGAUGGGAAAGGAUGACACCUAUGAAAGAUGUAGACAUCUCUACGAUCUCUCAGGCGUAUAAGUCACGGGAACUCGUUGGUAGAUAUGUUUGGUAAACGUUCAGGCUCACAAAAUAUGAUUUGGUUAUGUUGAGACAGUUGCCUGAAUAAUGCAUCUGGUUUGUUUUUCCAUCUUGAUCGCUGUGGGACUGCGUGAACUGAAUGCUCAUUAUCUGCGUGAACAAAAUAUUCAUUAUCAGUUCACACUAUACACACAAACAGCAAUACAGAAAAUAAACUGCAUCAAAUCCUGAUCCUGAUUCAUAUAGGAGCCUGGCUACAUAUGUUAGGAAAAGAGCAAGAUAAAAAUUUGAUGUGGAAGAUCUGACCCGUAUCGUACUAUUCCAAGGUGAUCUACGCACGUUACGGGAAGUAAAUAUGCCGCAUAAAAAUGCAUUAUAGUUUAUUUUUUCAUCCGUUCUAAGAAAACAAUAUCCACUCUUUAGUGAUUUUAUUUAUAGGUAAACACCCAUUGCGCACAACACCAAAGAAAAAAAUAAAACUUCCAAAAAUCAGCAUUCAUCU